AAAAAAUGUUAUUGUUGAUUGUUAAUGUACUGAUUUAUAAUUUUAUUAAUUAAACUUUAUAUAUUUUACAUACCCAUACAAAAAGUCAUAAAAUUGUUCUCAACGAAUAUAUGUAAAAUUAAUACUCACGGAUAAAAUAUAGUAUUCAUUCUCAUAUUUUGUUUUUAUCCUAAUAUGUACCUAUUUAAAAUAAUAAUUUGUGAGUGUUUAAUCUCUAAAUUAAUCGUAUUUAUAUUAGGUAGUUAUCUAUAAAAUAAAGUUAAAAGCGUCCUUUCACUAUUUUUACAAUUAUGAGUAUAAUUUUCAAGUCAAAUGGUUGCAGUUUUCUAGAUCAUAAUAACUAUAUUUUUAAUAUCUACAAAAAUAUUCCUAAUAAUGCAGAAACAUAUUCUUACGCGUUAUCUGCGAAAUUAUUCUAUAUUUUGAACAAUGUACAUACGGUCAAUAGAAAGAGAUCAAAAAGGGACAGUUCUGAUGAUCUCCAUGAAGAGGCCACAAAAGUUAGAUUGAAGUAUGAAAGGUUUUUAUUGGAAAUGGAGCCUGGUUUAAAGGAUAAAUUAUGCAAUAAUAGUGAUAUUUCAAACAUGAAAGCUGUCAGAGAUUUCUCAAGAGAAUUAUUGGAAAGGACUGCAUUUACACAUGUUGGCACUAAUGGUGGCAAUAACUCUGAGAGGUCUGUUAGGUGUAAUGUGGAGAAUGAAGAAUUUUUAAUUCCAUAUAAUUCUAGAUUCUACUGUAGUUGUGUCAUAAAACAAUGUCAUGAGUUAGCUGGCUAUAAAUAUGACAUAGUAAUAGCAGACCCCCCAUGGUGGAAUAAGUAUAUAAGAAGACUAAAAGGAGCUAAUAAUAAAUUGAGCUAUUCCAUGAUGUAUAAUGAAGAUAUAGCUUCAAUACCUUUGAAAACUUUACUAGCCGACAAUAGUAUAGUGGCAGUUUGGUGUACAAAUUCACCAAGUAAUAUUACUGCAGUGAAAAAUUUGAUAUUUCCCAGUUGGGGUGUAGAAUAUGUAGCAACAUGGUAUUGGAUGAAAGUGGAUAUACAGUUGAAACCUCUGUGUCCAUUUAGUACAGGAUCUAAGAAACAGCCAUACGAAAGACUGAUUAUUGGAAAAGUCGGUGAAGUUAAUCAUGUUCCUGAUGAUUAUUUGUUUAUGAGUGUACCAAGUGCCUUGCAUUCACAUAAACCUCCUUUAAUAGAUUUACUCAAAGAGUAUGUUAAGAAGGAAAACCCUGAUAUAUUGGAGUUAUUUGCUAGAUAUCUCCUACCAAAUACUACUAGUGUAGGCUAUGAGCCUUUAAAAUUGCAACAUAUAUCUUUAUAUGAAGUUGUAAGUUAAAAAUAAAUAUUUCUUAUAUU